CGUUAUUGCAUGUAUGCGUUUUUUAUAGAUCGUAUUCGUGAAAGUGCAUAUAUAAUAAUAUUUGUUUUAUGAAAGUGAGAUAACGUUUUAUUCAUUUUACUUGUCAAGAUAACGAUGUCACGAUAGCUUUGAACAACAAGGAUGAGUGAAACAGCAUCAGAUCCCCCACCCCCAUACCCUGGGACGGGACCAGGUUUUGAGCAAAACUCUACCCUGGCUGUCUCAGUUGGACAGACUAAUUAUGGCUUCUCUGCUCCUCAGUAUCCGGCGUAUAUUCCUCCUCCACAGCAACACAUCGUUAGGCAACAACAUACUAAUAUAGUGAUAGCUCAAAUUAGCGGAGGAGACAAUGUAUACAGGAGCGAACCUCUGCCAGUCGACUAUACAAGCCAAGCCUGGAUAGCAUGUCUCUGCUGUUUCUGGCCAACAGGUCUUGUUGCUAUAAUGAAAGCUACAGAGUCACGUGACGCUCUAGCACGAGGUGAUCUCACAGGUGCACACAUAGCAGCAGAAGGAGCACGGAAUAUGAUCAAAAUAAGUUUGGCCGCGGGGAUCAUCAGCCUCAUCGUGCUGAUUUUCAUCAUUGUAGUUACAUCUGCAUCCUAAAAGCUCUUGAUGACAUUGUCUUUAAUGUGACUGUUCCAAUUUUUCGUUACGAACGUAAAAUACACUAAUUUAUGCACCUGGUGUUGACAGAAGGUUUUUACACAGACCAGAGUUAUGACUCUUAAUUUUGUAAAAAUUAUGCAUAAAAAUUUUAAAGGAGUAAAAUUUUGUGUUGCAUGUAUCUCAAAAAAGUUAUUUCACAAAGAAUUACUAAGUAUGAAAAAUAUUUUGUUAACUGUUUA